ACGAGCUCACGUGAUGUGUCAUAAACGAGACGCGCACGGACUUCACGCUCGUUUGUAGUGUCUGUUCCCCAGGAAAGGAUGACGCCGAGUUUACAUCUGAUGACGGCGUGUGUGACCACGAUGGCAGUCGCAGUUGUCAUGAUGGACGCUGUCGAGGCCUCGUCCCAGACGACGUCAAUCGGCUUCUCGGCCUCCACGCGUGGGAUACAGUACUAUGAUGAGGGGGGCAACGCGCUGUUCAUCAACGACGCGUUUCCCCUGGUGUCUGGGCGGCUACUCCAGGUCUGCUUCUACAUCCACAAAAACUUCGAAAGCGACUACACGGGGACAUUCUUCGUCUUCAAGAAGACCGAAAGUGGAUACAGACUUAUCUUCAAGGAGAGUGUUGUCUUCUCAAAGACACAGGGCAGGCAUUGUGUCAACAUGACCGAGCCUCCUCUGGUCAGCAAGGGUCAGUUCCUUGGAUGGAGGUACGACCACGACGCUGGCCCCAUCUCCUACAGCAUCCCGGACCAGGAGAGCGGAACGAUUGUUGUCAACAAUGUCCCCGCCACCCUGGUUGUAGGGCAGACAUACGGGAGUCGGAGCUUCAUCAAGACCUACUUCUUUAAGGUGGAGGCCAUUGUUGAUAUUGGAACUGUGGGUGCUCUGGCACCGGUUGGACCACGUGGACGGACUGGACAUUCCGGCGUCACGGUAACACCUGGUGUCAUGGGUGUCGCUGACUCGGCAGGAGUAUUUGCAGGGAAUACUGGGGUUCCAGGACAGAAAGGUGCACCGAACACUACUAGGGUAGAUGGUUUGCUGGGUCAUCAAAGAUUGACAAAGCCGCAAGUUUAUGUUGACCAUGCUGGAAUCUCAGGACAAGCAGGUGAUGUUGUGGCAACGGGACAAGCAGGUGAUUUUGUGGCAACGGGACAAGCAGGUGAUACUGUGGCAACGGGGCAAGCAGGUGAUGCUGUGGCAACGGGACAAGCAGGUGAUGUUGUGGCACCAGGACAAGCAGGUGAUGUUUUGGCAACGGGACAAGCAGGUAAUGCUGUGACAACGGGACAAGCAGGUGAUGCUGUGGCAACGGGACAAGCAGGUGAUGCUGUGGCAACGGGACAAGCAGGUGAUGCUGUGGCAACGGGACAAGCAGGUGAUGCUGUGGCAACGGGACAAGCAGGUAAUGCUGUGGCAACGGGACAAGCAGGUAAUGCUGUGGCAACGGGACAAGCAGGUGAUGUUGCGACAACGGAACGAGCAGGUUCAGGGGGAACAACAGGAUAUUAUGGCGCACAGGUCAAAACUAGACCCUUCACCUUUUUGGGGAAGCGAGUAAUAUUUGCUGAUCCAGACGAAAUCUUGAAUCUUACAACAAAGCAAGUUUAUAUGCAAUGUUGUAUAGAUGGCGAAACGGGUGUAACAGGUUCAACUGGCAUAACAGGUGUAAACGGGGCUACUGGAUAUCCAGGGCUUACAGGGUUGUCUGGCACCAAGGGCGACAUUGGAAUGCCUGGUGUAACUGGCACCUCUGGACAGGAUGGUUUAAGGGGGGUAGCGGGCCCAACUGGGGCCACUGGAGAUGUUGGCCCAUCUGGUCUGCCAGGAAUCACUGGGCCCACUGGUCCUUGGGGCCCAACAGGCAUUACAGGUGUUUCUGGAUCCCUUGGCUCAACGGGUCCUUUUGGCCCUUCUGGUGUCAGUGGACAGACAGGGGGUAUCGGACCUGCGGGAGAGACCGGUGUGUCGGGAAUGCCAGGACAAACCGGAGCGCUUGGAGAUGAUGGGGCAACAGGGGACAUGGGGUUGAGGGGAGAACCUGGUGUAACUGGACCUAAAGGAGAACUCUAUAAAUAUCCUGACACGUGUAAGAUGACUCCCAAGCCAUGUCAACAGAUCUGCGUCAACAUUGGCAUCUCCCACGAAUGUCGCUGUCGAAAAGGGUACACUCUUGCCGCUGAUAAGUGCAGCUGUGUCGAUAUAGAUGAGUGUAUCACUGGUUGGCCCUGCGAGCAGCUCUGUCACAACACUGUUGGGAGCUUCAGGUGCACCUGCAGACCUGGAUACAAUCUCACAGCGAACCAGAGAAACUGUGAAGAUGUCGACGAGUGUCAACACAACGCGUGUCCACGCCCAAAGUAUGGAGUGAUCCAGAUCUGCAAGAACACAAUUGGGUCGUUUAUCUGUAUAGGCUUCGGGUCAUUCUUCAAUGACCUGGACAAAGCACAAGAUAAUGGUACGCACCAUGACUUCCAACAUGAAUUUCCACGCCCGGAGCCCCCGACAACGGCAAGCAGCCUCGUCUACACCACCAACGUGCUCACCAUCCUCGUGGGCUGUCUGCUGGGGGUCGUUCUCAUUAUCGUCCUCGCGGUGAUUUUCCUGGCCUACAAGACUAGGAAGACUUCUCCCUGGGCACCCUCCGUCUACAGACUCCACCCAGAAUUGUAUGGGUCGCGGGGGGACCUCUCACCUCGGUGUGAUGUAGAAGGUGGUGCGGCACGAACCUACAUUCAACAACCCUACCCAGGGAUGACCUUGUACGGGAGGAUGACGUGUAGACUACACUUGACCACGGCGUGUGUGACGGUGCUGGCAGUCGCAGUUGUCAUGGUAGACACUGUAGAGGCCUUGUCCCACACGACGUCAAUCGGCUUCUCCUCCUCCACGCGUGGGAUACAGUACUAUGAUGAGGGGGGCAACGCGCUGUUCAUCAACGACGCGUUUCCCCUGGUGUCUGGACGGCUACUCCAGGUCUGCUUCUACAUCCACAAAAACUUCGACAGCGACUACACGGGGACGUUCUUCGUCUUCAAGAAGAGCAAUAGUGGAUACAGACUCAUCUUCCAGCAGAAUGUUGUCUUUCCUAAGACGCAGGGCAGACAUUGCGUCAUCAUGACCGAGCCUCCGUUAGUCAUCAAGGGUGAGUUCCUGGGAUGGAGGUACGACAAGGACGCUGGCCCCAUCUCCUACAGCAUCCCGGACCAGGAGAGCGGAACGAUUGUUGUCAACAAUGUCCCCGCCCCAUUGGUUGUAGGGCAGACAUACGGGAGUCGGAGCUUCAUCAAGACCUACUUCUUUAAGGUGGAAGCCAUUGUAGAGCUCGGUCUUGUCGGCUCUACUGGGUCCCCUGGGACUAUUGGUGCUACGGGUCAGGUCGGACCCCCCGGGCUGACGGGGUCGACUGGACAGAAGGGGGACAAGGGUGUCAGUGGGGCAGCUGGACCUGCAGGUACACAGGGCAUCACUGGCAGUCCUGGGCAGAGAGGUGACGUGGGUCUGCCGGGAGCCUCUGGGCCCCAGGGGAUACAAGGGCCGCGGGGCCUGACAGGUUCCCCAGGAAGUGUUGGUAAAGCUGGGAAGGACGGUGUCGAGGGACGCACUGGUACCCCAGGAGAACGAGGCGAAACCGGAAGUCCAGGGUCACGUGGGAUGCGCGGUGACGCGGGGCAAACAGGGAUGGCAGGAGUUACGGGCGUGACAGGUGCAAAGGGGCCUUCUGGCGAGCCUGGCCAGGACGGGGUACCAGGAAUGCCAGGGAGUACAGGACUAAUGGGAUAUUCUGGUAUGACGGGCACCAGGGGCUUGCCAGGAUCUGCAGGAUUGACCGGACGCGCGGGGACACCUGGAAUCCAAGGAGACCCAGGCAUGACGGGAUCUCCAGGCCCCGCGGGGACCCCAGGAACACAGGGAGGAUCGGGGACUACAGGGGAGUCUGGUAUCCCGGGGAAAGUUGGAGCCACCGGCACGCAAGGGAGCCCUGGACCCACAGGCCACACGGGCAUACCCGGAAUAAUAGGUCCUGUGGGAUUCCCUGGCGUGUCUGGAGGGACGGGUCUUCAGGGUGACAGGGGAUCUGAUGGAGUAACUGGACAGUCUGGUCCGCGGGGUCAAACUGGUCUAGGGGGACCUGCAGGCUCAUCUGGUUCGUCUGGUUCUACUGGCCCCCCGGGUACGGCAGGGGAGACAGGGUUCAGAGGUCCACAAGGAUUUGUUGGUGCUACUGGCCGGUCCGGGACUCCAGGUGUAACCGGACCCGUGGGUGCGACAGGUACACAUGGUUCCCCCGGGGGUACGGGGUUUCCAGGGGUGCCUGGGAGCCAGGGAGAGUCUGGCGUUACCGGUCCUGAUGGCGCGACCGGUCCCUUGGGAAACACUGGGCAGGCAGGAACAACAGGGGCCUCGGGAGGAGACGGGAUGCCGGGAGCCACGGGAUAUACGGGCACACCAGGAAUGACCGGGUAUGUGGGUGCAACUGGUCCAGGCGGUGUAUCCGGACAGUCUGGUGUUCCUGGGGCAGUGGGGGUCUCCGGGAUAACAGGCCCUACAGGCCCUAUGGGUAUGACGGGCUCUGAUGGACAGACUGGUCAGCAGGGACCUGCAGGUGCCCGUGGGGCUACUGGAGCUAGCGGCCAGGACGGGGUCGAUGGCAAGACGGGUCCAGCAGGCAUUACAGGAAACUCGGGACAACCAGGUACCCCGGGGACAGACGGGACCCCGGGCUUGCUGGGACAGACUGGCGUGACGGGCAACCAGGGGGAUGUUGGUCCUGUGGGAGUUACUGGCCAGUCAGGGCAGGCUGGUGUGUCGGGGAUGACAGGGAUCCUGGGAGAUCCAGGAGCAGUAGGGAUGUCUGGAGGAACAGGACCUCAAGGGGACCCUGGCAUGACAGGACUCUCCGGACAGACAGGCUUACCUGGAGGAACAGGAAUGGCAGGACUUGUUGGGCACACCGGUAUCACGGGCUUGUCCGGUCCGGCGGGACAAACGGGGCCGAUUGGGAACAACGGUUUGCCGGGCAUCACGGGAAUGAGUGGAGAAAUGGGCAAGAAUGGAGCGCCAGGUGUCAAUGGCACUGAUGGAGCAACUGGGACCAAUGGCCCAGUCGGUCCUAUCGGAGCUUCUGGAGCUACUGGUGCAUCUGGUGAAGCUGGACCCAAGGGACAAAAUGGCACAGCUGGUCCUCAAGGCACGACAGGUGUAGCUGGUCCUGUCGGUAUGUCUGGAUCACCUGGGAGUGUUGGAGCCACUGGUGUGCCAGGUGCCAGGGGAUCACAGGGUGCCGCAGGUUCCACAGGAGCUGAUGGUGUGUCAGGACUGUCCGGCAGUGAUGGGUUAGCAGGAAGAACAGGGUCUGAUGGUGUGACAGGGCCUGCUGGUGCAGGCGGUCAAACAGGCGCUCCAGGUACUGAUGGACUGCCUGGCGUCACAGGGGAGGUUGGGGGUACUGGGCCCCAAGGUAUUAGAGGAUAUAGGGGCUUCAAUGGUUCAGAUGGCUCGGUUGGUGCACCUGGUGUGACUGGAUAUAGCGGACCAAUGGGCUCUGAUGGCAUGACCGGCUCUACAGGCCAGAUGGGCGCGACUGGUCCAGGUGGACCAAGUGGAUAUACUGGAAACUCCGGAGUGACAGGAGCACCAGGUGUAAUGGGUGUCACUGGCCCACGUGGUGUAGAUGGAAUGAAUGGAUCAACUGGAAUGCAAGGGCUACAAGGCGAAACUGGUGCACAGGGCAGUAUAGGGAUGUCUGGUUUACCGGGUCCCUGGGGAAUGACUGGGUUAAAAGGCUAUAUUGGAGCAACUGGUCAACAAGGAAUACAAGGAAAAACAGGCGAUGUUGGCGCAACGGGACAAGUUGGUCCAGAGGGAGCUACGGGGUUGGUAGGCCCAUCAGGAGUUCAUGGAUCAUCGGGAGCAACUGGUCUACAAGGUGCUGCAGGCCCUGCUGGUGUUACUGGUAGAUCAGGAGCUCCUGGAAAUACAGGUGUAACUGGAAUGGCUGGUGACACAGGAGUAAAUGGGAUUCCUGGUGUGAAUGGCACUUCUGGUAAGGAUGGUGUACCAGGAAUACCAGGCUCAACUGGGGGCACUGGAGCUGAUGGUCCACCUGGAGUGUCUGGCAGCACGGGGAUCGCUGGUUCUACGGGUCCAAUUGGAUUGACUGGCAUGUCUGGAUCCUCCGGAUCCCCAGGUACAACUGGUCCAGCUGGUGUCGGUGGAAUGACUGGGAGAUCUGGACCUCAGGGAGACUCUGGAGUUCCUGGAGUAUCAGGAACGACAGGACUUCAGGGAUCUGCAGGAGACACUGGAACUACUGGGGUAGCAGGACAAGCAGGACCACCAGGUCUAUCGGGACAAGUCGGAGCCACGGGUGUGUCGGGGUCUGCAGGUCCCCAAGGUACGACAGGACAGACAGGACCUUGGGGUGCGACGGGUGCGAUUGGGUACACCGGCAGCACCGGGAAAGAGGGACCGCGCGGGGUCCAGGGCGAUGCAGGAAUCACAGGAUGGAGUGGGCCCAGAGGCUGGGAUGGAGUGACUGGCGGUACCGGCGUAGAAGGCCCUUCCGGUAUGACAGGUGUUACUGGACCACAAGGCAAACUCUAUGAAUAUCCUGACUACUGCAACACCUCCUCGUGUCAGCAUCUCUGUGUCAACAUCGGCGGCGGUUAUGAGUGUCGCUGUCGCGAAGGUUACAGCCUGGCGGCCGACAACAGCACCUGUGACGAUGUGAACGAGUGCGUCGCGUACGGACCAUGCGAGCAGUUAUGUAAUAACACUGUCGGUGGCUUCGUCUGCAGCUGCCGGCCAGGCUUCAAUCUGUCAUCAAACAGCAAAAACUGUGAAGAUUUCAACGAGUGUGAACACAACCUGUGUUCAAUAUCUAGCUACAAAGGGACUCCUAUCUGCAUCAACACCAUGGGGUCAUUCCGCUGCAUUGGGUUUACACCAGUUUCCCUUGACAAAGGCGAAGAAUAUUCGGAAGGUGGACCAUACGGCGUGGCCUACCUGAACGACUUACAGCAGGAUGAUGAUUCCUCCCCAAGCAGCCUUGCCAGCACCACCUACGUGCUCACCAUCCUCGUAGGCUGUCUGCUCGGGGCCGUCGUCCUCAUUGCCCUCGCCCUCGUCCUCCUGGCCUACAGGACAAGGACGUCACGCCCGCACCAACCCAACCCACCCACCGUGUACCGACUCCACCCAGACAUGUGUGAACCGCGGCGGAACCCCACCCAGAGGAGAGAUGUAGAAUCCGGUGCCCUGCGUGAACAGUCCUACGUCAAUCAACCGCAUCCAGGCAUGACAUUGUGAUGAAUGUGUCAUUUCAUAGAAUAUAUGGAUCAUACUUUU